AUGUCUAUGUUCAGACCAGCUUCGGAGAUCUCUUCUUCUGAGUCUCAAUCCAGCUCCGAUGAAAGCGACCAUGGAAUACUUCCAACAGCCUCGAGGAAGACCCGGGGCGAGUCUCAUUCCGGGAAUGGUGCACGGACUGCAUCCUUCGAUAGGGAGUCUGGCACUGAAAACAUCUCUGAAGCAUCAAUGGACGUCCUUGAUGUCGAAGCUCAGGGUCAUACAGCAUGGAUGACCUCCGCCUUGCUCGAGUUUUACUGCCUCAGCAAAGCAACAGACAUCCUCAAUGCCAGGGAAGGCUCUCAGAUGCGGUACACUCGGGACUCUCCGGAGGUACAGCAUCUGGCCAAAAAGAUGUAUGCCCAUCAAUCGCAGCUGCUAUCGACACAUGGAAUGUUACCUGGAGGCAUUGAGAGCGACGAAUGGGAAGAGAGAAGACAGAGGUAUCGCGAAACCCUUGAUGGAAUUGGCCUGCAGGCCCUCAAAGGGCUAAACUUGGAUGAUAUCCCUAAGCAGACGCCGUCUCUCGAUGCAACGAAAGACGUCGUUUUGGCUUCCAAAGCCUCAAAUCGGAUGCAAGUCCAUGUAAAAACGGAUUUUGCACGACCUGCGCAAAUGAGGCGUCAAUACAGCGGACUGUUGGGGUUCAGAGAGCAAGAUGCCGGAAGAGGCGACGCGCACGCGCCAGAGCAUCAGCCGUUCGCCCUCUUGGGUAGUUCGCCUGUGAGCUUCCCGUUAUUCAGGCCCAAUCCGCCACCACCGACUCCAGCUAUAUCUCGUUAUGCGACGGAAUUCUCAGAAGUGAGAGUCCUCGGUCGCGGAUCAUUUGGCGAAGUCUAUCAUGUGAAGAAUCAUAUUGACGGGCAGAAUUACGCAAUCAAGAAGAUUCCGCUGAGUCAUAGGCGGCUUCAGCAGUUGCAAGGCGGCAAUCAAAAUCAACUAGAAAGUAUCAUGAAAGAGAUACGAACCCUUGCUCGACUGGAACAUACCAAUGUUGUCCGAUACUAUGGUGCGUGGGUGGAACAGGCUCAUAUAUCUGACCUUCUUCACUCAAAGAAUAUGAGUGCAAUGGAGUUCCAGCACGAGGAGAGCCACAGCCUGUACGUGGAAGAAUCAAACGACGAGCAGAGUUUCGGAGUGGUAUUUGAACAUUCGGAAGUUUCUGCAGUUGAGGCACGCUCAAAUUCUACGUCUGCUGAAUCUGAAGCCGAUGCUUCUCAUCAUUCGCGACGUCGCUACAGUCAUGCUACGUCAUCGUCGCGCUUCUCAAAGAAUAGCUUAACAAGGAGUCUUGAGGACGACGAGGAGGUCGAGUCGAUCCCUCGAGAUGUCAAUUUUGCGUCUCACGGUCAGCUGUCGACGAUUGGCGGCACCGAUGACGAUAUCUUCACCGACGGACUCAGUUACGAUGCGUCCAAGCUGCAGAUCCAACGAAGGCGUCAAAAUGGGUCUCAGCUUCCUGCUGUUGUUCUCCAUAUUCAAAUGUCUCUGCAUCCUAUCUCACUGAACGCAUAUCUCAGUCCUCAGUCUGUGGGCCCCAUAGAACAUGGCCACCCGUCUUCACGGCGUCACUGCUUCCAUAUGAUACCAUCGUUGAGAUUAAUGCUACGUAUAAUCUCUGGGGUGGAAUAUCUGCACGCCAAAAGCAUAAUUCAUCGUGAUCUGAAGCCGGCAAAUAUCUUCCUCUCACCAUCCGAGAAUGGCGAACUCGAUGGGUGCCCUUCCUGCAUGGCGAAUUACGGGUCCACACCUGAUUACUGUCAUCCCAGAAUAGGAGACUUUGGUCUUGUCGCAGAUGUAUCACAUCUGAAUGACUGUCCUACCCCCUCUUUCGAGGAGAAUCCAAAGCUCGAGCGUGUCGUUGGCACGGAGUUUUACCGCCCACCCUUGACCACUAAUGGAGAGAAUUACUCUAAUGGCAUGUUCCAAACCGGAAAUCAUCAAUUCAGUUACAUCAUCGACGAGACCCUUGAUGUUUACGCUCUUGGAGUUAUACUUUUUGAGCUUCUUUAUCGUCUGAACACUAAGAUGGAACGACAAAUGGUUCUGACUGACUUAACAAAGGGCACGAAUCGACAGUCACCGACCAGAAUUUGCAUUAGAAACACUGUAUUCCCAGCAGACUUUGCACAGAAACUCGACAUGGGGUCGAUCAUACUAGAGGAUGGUGUGUCUGUAGCUGACUCGUUGAUGAGGUGUAUCAGCGGCAUGCUAGAGCCCAACCCUCAUCGACGCUUGCGCUGUGCGGAUGUCAAGAGAGCUCUGGAAAAUAUUCUGGACGCUACUGCCACACAGGAUCGUUCCUGUUGA